ACGCUUGGACGGGUUCAGCCGCAAGCGCCUUCUCAUAGCACCAUCUACUGCAAUGACCGUGGUGAUGCCAAUCUUGUUCUCCGAUUCAAGAUUUGUCACAGCAGACUGCAAAACAGUUAAUCAUUGAUGGAGGAGUGGAGUCGACAACCUCUUCGAGAGGAUGAACCGCAUGGUGGCGCACAAUCCUGCAUUCUGCGACAUCACCCGGGGCGCUAGUGGCUCCACCGCCGACCUCACCCUCGAUAUUGCUAACAAGAUGCUGAACAUCAUCUGCGUUGAGACCAUGAUGCAUCAAAGUGCGAUGUUUGAGAAAAACCCAAAUUUGGGUUUAAGAGAGGAAGAAGAAGGGAGAAGAGAGAGAGAAAGAAUAAAAAGCAAAAAGAAGAAGGAUGAGUAGGUAAAGGAAGGAAGAAAGUUGAUAGAGAAUGAGGAGGUAAAAUUGUUGAAGGAAAAACAAAAAUUAAAGGGGAAGGGGGUUCGACAGGUAAGACAGUGACCUUGUUGACGAGAUCCACAUUGUUACCAUUUAAAGCUGAUCAUCUUUACAUUGCUUCAUGAUGGUGAUUGACUAGGGUAAUCAUCGAGAAAAUUCUGGUUGGCAAUAUAGCUUACUGACGGGAAUCUUGUCGGUAAGUUGGAGAAAAGGCUGCAAAACCAGGCACCAACACUCGGGUUCACGAGGUAGGUUGGGGAUUGUGAAAUUAUCGACGUGAUUCUUGUAGGUAAAUUCACUGAGAAAAAUCUUGUUGUAGAUAAUACAGCUUACAGGUGUCCUCUUCGUUGGUAAUUGGGGUAUUGGUCUGUGAGCCACUGGACGGAAUAUUGCAGGAUAUUUAUCCACAAAGAACAUGUGAAUAUGGUAAGAUGCUAGUUUACCGGUAAAAAUUCUUGCAUCGGUAAUUGUGGGUUGGUGGAGUUGGGUUUUCUAGUAGUGGCUUGAAAUCCUUGUUUUGAAAAAAAAGGGAAAUAGACUAAUGAUAAUCAUGUCAGCUAUUUGUUCUAUUGACACUUCCUGAAUCCCAAUUGAUCACUAAUUAAUGAUAUCUUUCGUU